AUGUCCUACCUUCUCCAAUUCCCAUUGCGCCCUCUGCCUGAGAACGCCCGCUCACCACCUUUCGUCCUCUUCGGCAUUAACGGCGCCGAAAUCUUCGACUCCCUCCCUACCAACAUCUCCCUCGCCCUCGUCCUACACUUCGCCCCCAAGCUACGCACAUGGCUUCUCCCAGCGCCCGACCUCUCCUCCGCGUCCGCCAGCCUAGCCCUCCGCACGCCCUACAUCGGCAUCAACAUCCUCGCCGACAUCGACGUCGAAGGCCUCGCCUGGAUCCUCAGCCGCAUGCUGCAGCUCAGCGGCGCGCCCGUGCUGAAAGAAGCAUGUCUCACACACCCCAGUCUGCUCACCGCGAUCUCCAUCCACCGAGCGUGGACCGCGCUCGAGCUGCCCGCGUCGGGCAUCCAGGCGCUGCACCUGCACAUGGUAACCAAGCUCAUGCUCGGCUUGGCUGUCUGCCCCGCCGAGAUCAAGGCAAUAUGGAAUACCUUUCCUGUCGACUCGCCCAUUACCCGCGAAAUGGGGCUCAACUUCAUCCGCUCGCACAUAAACUACGAGUACACGCAGGCCGAGUUCUCCUCUAUCCGCCAUUGGUACCUCGCCUCGCGGGAGCGCACGCACUUCUUCAAGUCGCUUGAAGCCCGAUUCCCGGAAUUC